AUGGUAUUCAAGUGCUAUGUAGAGAGCGGCCAGCUGGCCUACAUCUCCUUUGGGCCGCACGCCAGCAGGCUAGUAGCUAUUGUGGUCAAGUUGCCACACAGUGUUCAUCAGAAGGAUGUCUGGGCUGCUUGGGAGAAAGAAAAGAUCAAUACAAAGUGGAAAGCCACAAGAUGGGCCAAGAAGUUCGAAGCCAGAGAGAGGAAAGCUAAGAUGACAGAUUUUGACCGUUACGAAGUCAUGAAGGCUAAGAAAACGAGAAACAGAAUUAUCAAGCGUGAAGUGAAGAAGCUCCAGAAGGCAUCCACCCAGAAGGGGUCUCCUAAGAAGGGAGCUGCCCAGAAGGCACUUGCCGCAAAGGUCUCUACCAAGAAGAUCCCCUCAAAGAAGGCUGAGGGCCAGAAGGCAGCCCCUGCCCAGAAAGGUCAGAAAGCCUCUGGCCAGAAGGCCCCAGCCAAGAAGGGACCUGCCCAGAGAGGACCUGCCCAGAAGGGACCUGCCCAGAAGGCAGCUGCUCCAAAGGCCAAAAAAUAA